AUGCACCAGCUGGCCAUCGACGAGGGUAAUCCCUACCCUCUUGGCUUAGCUGCUCUGCAACAGGAGUUCUAUGUUGAUGAUCUCAUCUCUGGCGGCAACUCGGUCGCAGAGGUCAUGGAAAAGAUGCGCCAAACUUCAAGUCUACUGUCUUGCGCUUGGGACCCUGCGUCGGAUCAGCUGCUGUUUGCCUUGUCCGCGCUGGACUCGAAUUCAAGGCCCUCCAAGCGGUCGGUUUUGUCAACUAUUGCGCGUUUCUACGACCUUCUUGGAUUGAUUAAUCCUGUUAUUGUCAGGUACAAUAUCUUUCUUCAGCAGCUUUGGAGAGAACAUUUGGACUGGGAUGAAAGCCUACCGACAGCGCUGCACUCAACUUGGAUUGACCUGAGAAACAGUUUGGCAAGCAUCUCUCGCAUUUCCUUUCCUAGCGUUGUCCAUCAUUCCAGCACAAUUGUAGAGGUUCAUGGAUUUUGUGAUGCCAGCAUGGAAGCAUAUGGUGCUUACCGUGUCCAGGCAAGGGGAGUCGUCGAGCAAUGUUUUGUGCUCAAAGUCUCGAGUGGCGCCACUAAAAUCAUUGUCGAUUCCAAAGCUGGAAUUGAGUGGAGCCCAUUUGCUUGCGAAGGUUAUGCGCAACUUAGAGGAGACGGGAAUUUUCCAGGUCAGUUUUACUGCUGGUCGGAUUCAUCUACGGCGUUAUCUUGGAUUCGGGAUGAGCCAGCCAAAUUUCAGGUUUUCGUGUCAACAAUUCAGGAGUUGACGCAAGGCAUGGAAUGGCGCUUUGUUCCCACAUUGUUGAAUCCCGCUGAUAUCCUCUUCAGAGCCUCGCUUCCCAGCUACCUCAUCCAGUCAGAUCUGUGGUUUCACGGCCCCUCGUUUUUGUUAGGUACUAAGGAUGAGUGGCCUGUAUCUGCCGUUUCUGAAACUCCGACCAUUGAGCUUCGCAAGCGUGUAUUGCUGAUCGCGUCUCCACAUGCCGAUCUCACGUCCGGAUGCAAAUAUGCUAAUUCUUUCUUUGGCAUGCAGCGCACAUUCGCCUACAUGCAUAAAUUCGUUCAUCGUCUUAGGCAUCCUGGACUCACGGUUUCUGACAUACAGCAAGGAACGCAUCUUCUUGUUCGACACGUUCAGCUGGCAAGUUUGUGGUCGGACAUAAAGGAGAUUAGACGCAAUGGGCAAGUCAGGAAGUCUAGCUCCAUCAGUUCGCUAUCUCCGUUCAUCGAUCCGUCUGGUUUACUUCGAGUUGGAGGUCGUCUCGGCAACUCAUCGCUCCCGUUAAAUGCUCAGCACCCGCUUAUUUUGCCCAAGGGACAUCCUUUAAAAUCUGCAAUGAUAAGCUACUAUCAUCAACGGAACCUCCAUGCCGGACCUCGCACCUUGCUUCCUAAAAUUCGAUUAGAAUAUUGGCCUAUUGGAGGAAUCAAAGCCGUCUCGAAAGCGGUUAGCAAGUGUGUAAGAAGCUUCAGGACGAGGCCGCGCAUGGUUGAGCACAUUAUGGGAGACUUGCCUAAGGAGCGUCUUAAAGGAUCGCAGGCCUUCGAAGUAACUGGAGUGGACUAUUGUGGACUGCGUUUUCACCGCAACUACACCAACUGCAGCAACGACAAAAUGAAAAAAUUAAGAUCUGCAGCCACACAGCGACGAUUUCAAUCUGCAGGCACAGAAACUACAGCAACAACUUCAAACUACAGACCCAUAGACUACAAACUGCAGCCAGUAUCGACUUCCGACUACAACCUCAGAAUCUUGAGCUAA